AGAGAGGAGAUGCAGAGUGGAGAAUGCAUGUGUGUACAAGAAGGAGAUUUAAGUAGAGGGGGAGAGCAGAGAGAAGGGACUGGGGAGAGAGUGGGAGCUGCAGACUGAGAGAGACAAGAGAGAGAAAGGAGAAGAGGGGAGAGCAGAGACCAGAAGCAGCACAAGGCAGCAGCAUGUCUGCCUCUAUCCGUCGACUCUUGGAUCUCCCUGAGCACAGCUGCCGGGCUGCUGUCGACUUGUGAGUGGAUCCUUUCUGCUGAGUGACUGUGUGAGGGAGCGCCUAAGUGUGUAGCGCACACACACACACACACACAGACACACACACGCAGCACAGUUUCCCAGAGGCUACGCAUAAGCCGGGUGUUCAACUGUUCUGGUUAUAGAAAGUGCCACACAUGAGUGAAGGUUUGACCAGCUUCGCUCUGGACUUGACUCAACACCCAUGAUCUCCAGCCUACUCUGGCAUACCCUCUCAUUAAGGACCAAACUGCAGGAAGUGCCAAGAGGAAUGGAACUGAGGAUCGGAGGGAACAAGUCAAAAUAGAGCCCCAAAAGGCAGAUUCCACUCCACUUGAUCAUCAAAAAUGGACACGUUAUCGAUGAAGUGAAGCCGUCAGAGAUGGGAAAUGCCUCUGAAACAUUUCUGCUCGUGUCCAGAAUAUCUAAAGACAAUGACUUCCUCAUGGGAACGCUCUACACCAUUUUUGGUGUGCUGUCUGUGCUGGGGAAUGGGAUCCUGCUGUUCGUGGCCUAUAGAAAGAAGUCCUCCCUGAAGCCAGCAGAGUUCUUUGUGGUCAACCUGGCCAUCAGCGACCUGGGCAUGACCAUAACCCUGUUUCCACUUGCAAUUCCUUCAGCCUUUGCCCACAUGUGGUUGUUCAAUCACACAACCUGCAUUGCCUAUGCCUUCUGUGGUGUUUUGUUUGGCCUGUGCAGUCUGACCAACCUCACUGUGCUCUCUAGCGUCUGCUGGCUCAAGGUCUGCUGCCCAAACUACGGUAACAAAUUCUCGUACUGCCAUGCCUGCUUGCUGGUCGCCUGCAUCUGGUGCUACGCUGGAGCAUUUGCUGUAGGUCCUCUGUCGGGCUGGGGCGAGUAUGGACCUGAGCCUUAUGGCACAGCGUGCUGCAUCAACUGGCACGCGCCCAGCCAAAAUCCUGUGGCUAUGAGCUACAUCAUCUGCCUCUUCUUCUUCUGUUACAUCGUGCCCUGCACUGUCAUCUUUCUGUCCUACACAUUCAUCCUGUUGACCGUCCGGGGCUCUCGGCAGGCUGUACAGCAGCACAUGUCCCCGCAAAACAAGAUCACCAAUGCACAUGCACUUAUUGUUAAGCUCUCUGUGGCAGUUUGCAUCGGUUUCCUGACAGCAUGGAGUCCAUAUGCUAUUGUGUCCAUGUGGGCAGCAUUCGGUAACCCAGCAACUGUACCACCUAUGGCUUUUGCUCUGGCAGCUAUCUUUGCCAAGUCCUCCACCCUUUACAACCCUAUUGUCUAUCUGGUUUUCAAGCCCAAUUUCCGUAAGUCCCUGUGUCGGGAUAUAGCCCAGUGCAGAAGGACACUCUGUGAAUGUCUGUGCCAGCACAGCUCUGCACAGAAGGGAACGUGCAGGCAAUCUCAUCACAAAGAAGAGUGCAAUUCUACAAGGUUGUCCAACGGGCUGCCGGAAAACCACAGGACCUGCAGACACUGUCCUUGCCCUGAAACAGCCACUGGUCCCAGAGGAAACUGUACAGACAGUCCCCAGCAAACUGCUAGGAUUCUUAAAGGAUCUCAGCACAGUGAGGUUGCUGUCAGUCAGCUCUCCAAUGAGAUGCAGAGCGACUUCCUCUAGAGAAACAAACAGAGCUAGACAAUGAGAAGUCUGGAAAAAAAAGAUGAGAGGAGAAAAAUAUGGCAAGAAUGACGACUGAAAGACACUAAGAGCAAGUUAGGUAACAGUGAAAAUAUAAUUAAAAACUAAAAGGAUCAAGACUGAUUGAAGGAAAAAAAUUCUGAAGUUUAAAACUUGUCUCAUGCCUCAAAUAUGUGAUACUGCCAAACACACACACACACACACACACGCACGAUCUUGUAUUUAAAAGCCAAUACAGGAGGAUAAGCAAGCCAAACAGUCCACAGAUGUGUGCAUCAAUAUUCUAUCAGGUCAAAUUAACAAGUGUCAAUAACUAUACGAUCACUUUGAGUGAUCAUCAUCGAGUAAGACUGAGUACUAAAUGCAAAUCAAUUUACGCUGGAUUUAGAGGGAGGAACUGAUACUGAAGCUUUCUACUCUCUGAACUACCUUUUAUGUGUUUAUUACAAGUACUGUAUUUGAUGACGUAUUUGAUUUGACAGCUAUUUAUUUAUGCAUGCCUCAAACUGAAGGACCACAGGCUUGCGUGCCGUUGUUAUCGAAAAGGAUAUUAGUGCUAUCUACUCGUUUGUGAGGGUAAAUGAAUUUUCCAAAACUGCAACUAAUUUAACUACAGUGUGUCAACCAAACAAGGCCCCUAAGGAGGUACAAAGAAAAGCACUGCAGGAAGGAUUUGGCUUUUUGAGAGCCUGUUACUGUUCAAAUCAUCAAAAGAUGGACAUUUUGAGUUGUGCAUUAAUCCAGCUAUGGAAAGGAGCUGCCACAUUUGUCUAAUCACAUGUGCAAUCACCUCAGCCCAGCAGAGAAAGCACGACUAAAUUAUAGAAGCAGAUGAUCAGGGGACAGGAUUUUAUUCAACUAUCUGCAACGCUCAAUAAGCUCUAAGUUCUGUAAGUGGUAAACAGAGAGCUGGACUGUAUUAACAUGCUGAACAGGUAUGAUGAUAAGAAGAGAGAGUUGCUUUCACAAAUUAGCAUCUUUAAUUUAAGGGAGGCAGGAGGUUAAUCGUGUGCAGUCAUGGGGCUAUCUCAACCUGACAAAGACGGCUAUAGCAGUCAAACGUUGUCCAUUAGAAGGCUAAUUCUGUCUCUUCCACGCCAUGGGUCUUGUUUUCAUGAUGAUUUUAAUUGAUUAUGUGCUCAGCGAGGCGAUCACUGAUGCUGGAAAACACACUAACAUGGACAUAACAAGGAAAUAGACUAAAUGGACUAACAAGGAACUACUUUAGCUGGGUGGGGGAAAUUACUUUUGCUUUCAUUAAAUUUGGCUGCCCCAAAGCUUUGCGAGAGGUCAAAGUGUCAUCUUUCAUUAGACAAAAUUUUCACUGAUGUUGACACAUUCCCAAAUUUCAGCAGUUAACUUAGUUCGUGUGUUAUUGUUGCUGAUGGUAAUAAGGUCCAGUCCUCUAAAAAAUAAUACCCCAAACGGUGAUAAACCCGACUGAUCUUUAGUUCAGAUAACCUUUAACGAAGCAUGUCAGCGUGUAUGAAAAGGAAGUGGGGAAAAAACAUAUGAUUUUUUAAAAAAUAUAUAUACUGUAUAUGAGUGUAUUUUUCUAAUAUCUCCCCGUGAGAGUUCACCUUCUUGUGCAGAAGUACAAGUGAGCAGUUCCUGAAGCUAAUAGCACAUCAGCAAAUUCUUUUGGUUCUGGUGUGCCAAACAAAAAUCGAAAACCCGAAAACUGGCACAUUUAACAUGUUCCUCAAGCCAUUAUAACAAAAUAGGAAAAAACUUUAUGCCUAUGCAUGCAUAUAGACCGCUUGCCUUUAGUGCUCCUCUUGCCUGUUUUUCAACAAAAGACUUUUUAACAUGUGAGACACAAGGCUUUGCCUCAGCACCUGCCUACAUUAUUCCAAUGAAAUAUGCCCAGCGAGCAUACUAGAGCUUAACCACCGUGUUUGUCCAACAAGCAGUUUUGUACUUUUCCCCUGACAGUGUAGGUCAUCAAAUGGAAGUACAAAGAGACCUGCCACGGACAAGAUUAAUUAGAUCUGCUGGAGUGCAUGCUUGGGUUGACUGGCAUCACUUUCAUGACAUUAUUCCCCUCUUUACUAUUGUGAGAGGGAAGACUGCAGUUCUGCGCAGUUUCCACAAAAUACCUGAUUACAAAAGCGGCUCCCAUUUUGUGUUCUCACUUUCAGUUUGUCAUAAAAUAAUUUGCUUUAAGUCAUGCAAAACAACCAGGUCAGCACAUGCGGUCUAUUCUGCUGCCUGCUACACUCCUCAAAUUACUGCGCUACCCUAAGUGGUGAUGAGUUCUUGAAGGAAUUGAUACUAAAUCUCCAUCACUGUCUGAACUAAUACCUCGCCAGGGCUUUUCACAUGAUACUUAGGCCAUGGGUUCAAUGCUUGUUAGCUCAGGGCUUAAAUCUCUGUUAGCUCUGGGUUAAAGAUUUAUUCAGACUGACAUUAACACUGCAUGAAAACACAAAGACCCCUUGUUCAUUUCAGAGAGUCUGCUGAACUGACGCAGGGGGAUCCAGCAGACCAACCCAGCAUCAUCUGCAGAAAACUACAGGCUGUCUCAGUUUUUUACCAUGAUGUAUCCAACAACAUAUUCUAUUUGCACAUGCUUAGAUGCUUUACAUUCAAGGUUAAGGAUGAAAACUACUGCCGCAGUGACAACUAUCUAGAGAUGCUAUAGUGUCUCAUUAAAUUAUGCAGUGUUUUGCUGUUUUGCUGCUCUUUCAAACUCCUGAAUCCAUUCUGAAACCAGCUUUCCUUGGUCGUAAUUCUCAACCCAGUUGCCUGACAAGACCUCUGUUCUCAUCUUCCUCUACUUUUUCUAGUAACUAACAGGAUUAAAAUUAGGGAAAAUCGUAGUCAAGAUUGUAGUUAUUUUAUUCAAUCACACCUCAUCUCUGGUAAAAGUAUAGUUAAGGUUAGGCAAAGUAAACAUUUGAUGAAGGUAUGGACAUCAGCCUUCUCCAUGCUCUUACUUUCCACGUUGCAGCAUAAUAUGUGCAAACCAUGCCACAGCAGAACUGAACAUAAAUCAUGAAGUGCCCUCAAGGGAUAGCCCCAGGCAACCCAAAGUUUAUGAAAACCAAAUCUGGACUGGUUUUAGUUUUUCCCAAAAUUUGAUGUUUAAAUAAAUGGAUAUAAUUAUUUAAUGCAACACAUGAAGAAAAACAAUGGAACAUCUGUAGUUAUAUCAAUCAUGUCAUAUAGUUUGAGCCUUCUUAUAACAUGAAUCCUGACUUGUGAAGUUCAAGUGUGAAUCUUUAACCUGGAGCCUACUGUGAGACGAGGCGAAAGAAGCCUCAGGCUGUCUGUAGCUGCGGUUUAUUUUAGCUGACGCAUACAUCCAUGUGAAAACCUCACUACUGUGAAAACAAGCACCACUUGCAAAGACAAAAAAGGCCUUUCUGCAGAUGUAUACAGCUAGUUAUUGUAAUCAUUAUGUCAUAUAAGAGACAGUAGUGUCAUCUUCAAAUUUUCAACUAUGUAUGAAACAACCCCAUGGAUGCACAGGGUACCAGCUCAUUUCUGUUUCUUGAUGUAAACCCUCCAGGAUGAAAUGAGUAGUAAUAAUCGGCUAGGUAAAGUAUGAUAUGGUAAGUUAUUUCCCAGGAAAAAACAAAAUGAUUGUACUUAAUCUCUGUGUCAGGAGUGAUGUCAGUUUUGUGUUGACUGUAACAUUUGGGAGAAAGAAAAAGGAUGUAAAAAUUGUUGGACUGGUGAAACGCAAGAGGAAUUUUCUGUUUGUCAUGCUGCAACCAAAGGUUACAGUUACCUUUAGACUCACUGUCAAAGCCCAAAUGCUGUUCUGGACACUCAUAUUUUUCUACCAAUAUGCAGGUUACCAUGGAAAGAAUAUACAUAUCAAAGACUUGGCUUCAAGCCCUGUGCUGAAGAGCCUUCGUUUGGCUAAACUCUUGGACAACGAUGGACAUACAAACUAGGAAAUGAAACUGUGAAGAUCUGAUUCUGAUGUCUCUUUUUUCUAUUCUGUUCUGCUCAAAGAACAAUUUCUCCGAGUACCUACGUGUGUAUUCUGUAUUACCAGCCAUUCCAACCUGGGUUAUCUACACUGACUUUAUUCAUUCACGUAGAAACUGGUUGCAUGUAUGUAAAUAUUAUGUGUUUGUACAGAUGCCAAAUUUAAUUCAUAAAUUAUUAUGAAUAUUAGCUAAACUGUGUAAAUACAUAUGGACAAACCCCUUGCAGUGUCUUGAAAUGGGGAUGACGGGUUUUAUUUUCUUAUGCUAUUUCAGCUUCUGAGUGCUCGCUUUGAUUAUAAGGUUUUAGUGCAAAGUCGCUGCCUGGUCUUUCUGCAGCUGGAAUGCAUUUUCUUUAGCUCUUUAAUUCAUGUGUGAGAGACGGAUGGAUUAAAUCAUAAUAUUUUAAAAGCAAGAUCAACAAUAUUAUACAGCUAGUACUAUAAUGGCCCUUAUGGUUGUUUUGUAUUUAGCUUAAUUUUCCACCACAGCGUUGUUGGCUUCCAUUGGGGCACAGCACUCCAAGUGGAGAAUUUAAUCUAUUAUGAUGUUGUUGUACAGUAUAUGCAGCUUCUAUGAAGGUGACUGUUUCUACCUCCCAAUUAACCAUGGAAUGUAUUUGUUGCUGGAUUCGAAUCAGACAAUUCAAGCAUUUAAUAUUAAGAAACCAAGUUGCAGAAGUGUCUGAUGUGACUACACCCAUUUGGAUGAGCAGUUUACUGUUAGCGAGCGUAAUUAGGGAGAAAUUUAAGUGGUGAUACAUCAGAUGUGUGUAUGAAACAGCUCAAGCUGGAUGAAAUUAUCUUUAGCUCCUGCAUUAAGAAAUCCUCUGUUGUCACGAGUACAGUGUAAGGCCCCGCAGAUUUUGUUAAACAUAUUCAUCUUUCUUCUCUCUUUGAGUCCUACCUGUCAAGACGUAGCCUGGAAACAUGACAAACACUUUGUUAAUCCCAUUUGGGACACAAGACUCUGAAUCAGCAGAAAUUCCAUAUGCAGCAUUUAAAGUGGCUUAUAAUUCACAUCCUGGAUGCUCAAAGCCUGCACUAGGUCUGAAUAAAGUCAUAAAUCCUAUCCGCACUGCGGUCUAUAUAUCUGCGCUAAUCCACUGUAAAUAAAGCGAAAUGCAAUCAGGAAGAUGCAACUAGAACCUGAAUUUUCUGACGACAGCAGUUAAGCCUUUGUAUGAAUCCUUAUUUCGCCUUUGUCCUCUGAAAAGCAAACACUUUGUCCCUCAGGAGAUUUGCUGUUGUGGUCUGUACUGUAUUACGCUGGCGUACGGAAAUGCAAACACACACACGUCAGAUGUUUUACAGCCCCUCUCCCCCAGUUUCUAAGACACAGACAAGGCUGAAUGUCAUGUGUUGUACAUAUGUGUAUGUUUGUAUAUGGAGAAAAAAAAAAUCUGUCUACCUAUAAAGGUUUUAAGAUAAUAUUAUUACAUUAUAAUUAUAAAAUUAUUAUCAUUGUUGUCAGUGAAGUUUCAGAUGCACUGUGAAAAUGUUUACAACUUUUUUUGUUUGUUUGUUUAAAAUAUAUUGAGGAUUGUACAGAAAGUGUUAAGUUCAUCUAACUAAGGGCAAAUCAUUGUUCUGAAGUCAAACGUAAUGAGAAAUAAAUAUUAUUCCCGAUUGAA